AUGUCUGAAGAGGCCGCCACUCCAGCGGAGAAAGUUACCCGGACUCAGAGGGUGUUUAUUAACCAGCUGGACACGUACAGCAGCGGGAACAUCGGGAAGUUCCUGUCUAACUGUGUUGUCGGGGCUUCCCUGGAGGAAAUCACAGAAGAGGAGGAGGAAGAAGAUGAAGCCAGGUCAGCCAUGCUGGAAGCCGCCUCCUCCAAACUCAAGGAAGGCACAUUCCAGAUUGUGGGCACGCUGGCCAAGCCCCAAAGCUCCCAGCCUGAGUUUGCAGUGGAGGCAUACUCUACCAUCUCUCGAGAAGACCUCCUCUUGCGGCUGAUGGAGUGUGACGUCAUCAUCUACAACAUCACCGAGAGCCCCACACAGGUGGAGGAGGCCGUCUGGGCAGUGACGGCCUUGAGCGAAGAGACCAGCCAUUUCGAAAAACGGAAGCUGUUCGUCCUCCUCUCCACGGUGAUGACCUGGGCUCGGUCCAAGCCGCUGGACCCCGAUGACAAUGAAAUUCCAUUUACAGAGGAGGAUUACCGAAGAAGAAAGCAUCACCCUAAUUUUCUGGAUCACAUAAAUGCUGAAAAAAUGGUCCUCAAGUGUGGGAAAAAUAGCAGAAAACUUGUAACUUACGUGGUGGCGGCCGGGCUGCAGUACGGGAUGGAAGGUGGAGUCUUACACACUUUCUUCAAGACUGCGUGGCUGGGUGAGGUCCCUGCAUUGUCAGUGUUUGGGGAUGGGUCAAAUGUCAUUCCAGCAAUUCACGUGCUUGAUUUAGCAGGGGUGAUACAGAAUGUCCUGGACCACGUGCCGAAGGUGCACUACUUGGUGGCGGUGGACGAGUCGGUGAGCACCCUGGAGGACAUAGUCAAGUGCAUCAGUAAGAAUGUUGGCCCUGGGAAAAUCCAGAAAUUACCAAAAGAGAACGCUUUCCUGACCCAGGACCUCACGCAAGAGUGCCUUGACCACUUGCUGGUCAACCUGAGGAUGGAGGGGCUCUUCGUGAAGGAGAAUUUCAACCUUCGCUGGGUCUCACAGACGGGCUUCGUGGAGAACAUGGCUACCAUCCUGAAGGAGUACAGGCACAGCCGGGGACUGCUGCCCAUCAAGGUCUGCAUCCUGGGACCCCCUGCCGUGGGGAAGUCCAGCAUCGCGGCAGAGCUAUGCACGUACUACAAGCUGCACCACAUCAAACUCAAGGACCUCAUCUCUGAGGCCAUCGCAAAGCUGGAGGUGAUUGUCGCACCUAAGGAGGGAGGGGAAGAGGAAGAGGAAGAGGAGGAAGAGGAAGAGGAGGAGGAGGAGAACGUGGAGGAAGCACAGGAGCUGCUGGACAACAUCAAGGAGAGCAUGGAGCAGAAUGCAGGUCGUCUAGAAGAUCAGUAUGUAAUUCGAUUUGUGAGAGAAAAGCUGAAAUCCAUGCCUUGUAGGAAUCAGGGUUACGUCUUGGAUGGGUUCCCGAAGACCUAUGAACAAGCAAAAGACUUGUUCAAUCAAGAAGAGGAGGAGGAAGAAGAAGAUGUCAAAGGCAAACUGUUUCCCUUCGAUAAGUUAAUCAUCCCUGAGUUCGUCUGCAUGCUGGAUGCCUCUGAUGAGUUCCUGAAGGAACGGGUGAUGAACCUUCCUGAGCACGUGGUGGUGGGGACCCACUACAGCCAGGACCGCUUCCUGCAGGCCCUCGCCAACUACCGAGACAGCAACACGGAGGACGAGACGGUGGUCAACUACUUCGAUGAGCUGGAAAUCCACCCGAUACACAUCGAUGUGGGGAAACUCGAUGACGCACAGAACAGACUGGCGGUCAAGCAGCUCAUCAGAGAGAUCGGGAAGCCGCGCAACUAUGGGCUGACGGAGGAGGAGAAGGCGGAGGAGGAGCGCAGGCUGGCCGAGGAGCGUCUGCUCAGGGAGGCAGCGGCGGAGGCCGCGCGCAAGCACAGCGAGGCGGUGGAGGCGGCUGAGAGAACGGCGCGCUGGGAGGAGUGGAAUAAACGACUAGAGGAAGUGAAACGGGAGGAGAGGGAGCUGCUGGAGGCUCAGUCCAUUCCCUUGAGGAACUAUUUAAUGACCUAUGUGAUGCCCACCCUGAUGCAGGGCCUGAACGAGUGCUGCAAGGUCAGGCCCCAGGACCCUGUGGACUUUCUGGCAGAGUAUCUCUUCAAGAACAAUCCUGAAAUGAAGUGA